GACUGCGUGCAUCACAGGGAGGCGGAGUCAGGGCGGAGGGUCUGGUGUUGUAGUUUCAUGACCAAAACAUCGGAUUUUUAAUUAUUUGUGUGGAGAUUAAACUCCGUCAGUCUAUUGAGGGAACGUUCACACGGUCACCGACCCGGGACAAACACGGUAAACUGCCAGCUGAACUGCCGCGGUGGGGAAAAUGUCAGCGGGCUCCGGGAACAGAAACACGAACACGGAACCGUGGGGAAGCUUCGAUGAUAACCUCAUCCAGGGCGGCGGCGCAGCGGUCAUCGACAUGGAGAACAUGGACGACACGUCGGGCUCCAGCUUCGAGGACAUGGGAGAGAUGCACCAGAGGAUGAAGGAGGAGGAGGAGGUGGCCGCUGAGGCCGCCGCCACUGAGGACGAUAACGGCGAGGACGGAGAGUUUCUGGGCAUGAAGGGGUUAAAGGGACAGCUGGGCCGACAGGUGGCUGAUGAGGUGUGGCAGGCGGGCAAGCGUCAGGCCUCCAGAGCCUUCAACUUGUAUGCCAACAUUGACAUCCUAAGGCCAUACUUUGAUGUGGAGCCUGUGCAGGUCCGCAGCAGGCUGAUUGAGUCCAUGAUACCUGUUCGUAUGAUCAACUUCCCACAGAAGAUUGCAGGUGAGUUGUACGGUCCUCUGAUGCUGGUCUUCACUCUGGUGGCGAUCCUGCUGCAUGGCAUGAAGACAUCAGGAACCGUCAUUAGGGAGGGGACUCUGAUGGGAACAGCCAUAGGAACAUGUUUUGGUUACUGGCUCAGCGUUUCCUCCUUCAUCUACUUCCUGGCGUACCUUGUCAACGCUCAGAUCACCAUGCUGCAGAUGCUCUCCCUGCUGGGUUACGGUCUGUUUGGUCACUGCAUCGUCCUCCUCAUCACCUACAACAUUCACUUCCACUUCCUGUUCUACGUCCUCUGGCUUGUGCUUGGAGGGCUGUCCACUCUGCGCAUGGUGGCGGCUCUGCUCUCUCGUACGGUCGGUCAGACUCCUCGUCUCCUCCUGUGUGGGACUCUGGCGCUCCUCCACAUGCUCUUCCUGCUCUACCUUCACUUUGCCUACCACAAGAUCAUAGAAGGGCUGCUGGACUCUCUGGAAGGACCCAACAUGGCUCCCAUGCAGCGAGUGGCCAGAGACGUGCCUGAACUGACAGUGAUCACCACAGUGAGGACCCUGGGGGCCCUGCUGAGGGCCCACUGAGGGCCCCGCACAGAGAAACAUCUCUUCCUGUCAGAAGCUUCGUGUUAAAGUUUUGUCUCUGAACUUUUCUGUUGAUGUUUGUACAUUUUUGCUCCCAUUAUAAUAUUUAGUUUAGACCUUUUAUUUUGCUGUUUUCAUGUUCAGAUGUAUUUAUAGUUUCUGUACAGAGACUCAAAUAAACUUUAUGGACUUUA